CUGCCACCGCGCCCAUCGCAGCAACAGUAGGGCAGUCGACGUUGAAGCAUCCUAAGUUUAUCGCUAGGGAGGGAGGGGGCGUGGCUACUCCCUAUUCGGCCUCCAGUAUAUUGCUUCCGUGAGGUGCUAGGAUUUGAGAGAUAUAGAGCAGUCAGCAUUUCUUCUUCUUAUUCCUCGGUGGAGGGUGGGGUUGCUGGGAGUUUAGAUAGAUCCAUGGGAUUGAUGUAGAGUUUAGGGCAAGUUAGAGAUGGUGGAGGGAGGGUCGGGGAGAAGUUGUUGCCGGGUGGUCUCAUGGUGACUUUCUCUCACGUAGUUCUGCAUGGUUGUAUCGAAGCUUUAACACGCUACGACGUGGCUUAGGCUGUGAGUAGCGAGGGUAGAGAGAGAGAGAGAGGGGGUGAAAGAAAAAAAACUAGGAAAUAUUUUUUGGCGUUUGAUUAGAGAUGGCGAGUGGAGCGGGUUUUCUGUCUGCGGAGGCGAAGGCAGCGAGUGCCGGGGUAGGUGUUGGAGUGGUGGUUGGGAAUCAUGGGAGCGCGGGAUUGAAAGGAUCCGCGAGUAGUAGUCGAGGAGGGAGAUGGAGGCCGACGACAAGGCAAGGCGGGCAUCACGGUGGCGAUGCGUGGGUGUCCCAGCGGGUGGCUGUCACUGGAAACAAUAGGGCUGGCUGGGGGCACCAGCAGCCCGGGCAUCAGCAGCAGACGCAAAGUGCGUCCGCUGCAGCGACUACCGCUGGGGGUUUAAAUGCCGAAUUCUGUGGUCGGAGGUCGACGAGGUUGGUGAGCAAGUUUCAUCAUGGACGGCAGAAGUUGUAUAUGGGAAAGCACAGCCCCGAGGCGGAUUUGGCCGCGCAGGAGAUCCUGUCAGCGCCGUCAACACCCUUGAAUUCAACUGCUUUGUUGUUGGAGAAGUGGUCGCACCAGCUCGUCGGUCUGGAAGAUUUUCCUUAUCUGCUGCGCGAGCUUGGGAACCGGGGUGAGUGGGAGCGAGCUCUACAGGGAUACGAGUGGAUGGUGCAGCAAGUUCAUCUUCGGAGCGAGUGGAGUAAGUUGGCGAGUAUCAUGAUCAGUACGUUAGGACGACUGGGGAAGGUGGAAAUAGCGCUUGAUGUGUUCAACAGAGCGCAGAAGGCAGGAUUCGGGAACAACGUGUAUGCUUACUCUGCUAUGGUGAGUGCUUAUGGGCGGAGCGGAAGAUGUCGUGAGGCGCUCAAGGUUUUCCAGGCCAUGAAAAAGGCUGGAUGCAAGCCGAAUUUGAUUACGUACAAUACCAUAAUCGAUGCGUGCGGGAAAGGUGGAGUGGACCUGAAGCAGGCCCUCGAUAUCUUUGAUGAGAUGCAGAAGGAGGGCGUGGAGCCUGACCGUAUCACCUUCAACUCACUCAUUGCUGUCUGCAGUCGGGGUGGUCUGUGGGAGGACUCUCAGCGAGUGUUUGCUGAAAUGCAACGGAGGGGAAUCGAACAAGAUAUUUUUACCUUCAACACACUUAUUGACGCCGUUUGCAAGGGAGGACAAAUGGAGCUCGCAGCUUCCAUCAUGACGACUAUGCGAGGGAAGAACAUUAGUCCUAAUGUGGUCACGUACAGUACCAUGAUCGAUGGUUAUGGAAAGUUGGGGUGCUUUGAGGAAGCUAUAAGUCUUUACCACGACAUGAAGGAAUCAGGCGUUCGUCCUGAUCGCGUUUCAUACAAUACACUCAUUGACAUUUACGCCAAGCUUGGACGCUUCGACGAUGCCUUGAUUGCUUGUAAGGACAUGGAAAGGGUUGGUCUGAAGGCCGACGUGGUUACUUACAACGCGUUGAUCGAUGCUUAUGGGAAGCAGGGGAAAUACAAGGAUGCCGCGUGUCUUUUCGAUAAGAUGAAGGGCGAGGGUCUUGUUCCCAACGUGUUGACAUAUUCUGCUUUGAUUGAUUCGUACUCGAAAGCAGGCAUGCACCAAGAUGUUUCAAACGUGUUUACCGAAUUUAAACGCGCCGGGUUGAAACCAGACGUUGUUCUGUAUAGUUCACUUAUCGACUCAUGCUGCAAGUGUGGUCUGGUCGAAGAUGCCGUAGUCUUGCUGCAAGAGAUGACACAAGCUGGAAUUCAGCCAAACAUCGUGACUUACAACUCACUCAUCGAUGCGUACGGGAGAUAUGGCCAAGCUGACAAACUGGAAGCUGUGAAGGCGAACAUGCCGAACUCCGUUCAAAAAAUUGGAGAAAGGAGCAUGGAAGUUGUCCGCAAACCCCCACCCUCUCAGCAGAAUGCGAGUGACCACACUGGUGUCUUAGCUGCUGUGAGUGUGUUCCAUGAGAUGCAGCAGUUUGGGUUGAAACCAAAUGUUGUGACAUUCUCUGCUAUACUGAACGCCUGCAGUCGGUGUGCUUCGCUUCAAGAAGCAUCUGUACUGCUGGAACAGAUGCGCUUUUUCGAUGGCUGGGUGUACGGUAUCGCUCAUGGGCUUUUGAUGGGUUUGAGAGAGCAAGUCUGGGUUGAGGCGCAACGAUUAUUCGACGAGAUUUCUCGGAUGGACUACGCUACAGGAGCAGCGUUUUACAAUGCUCUUACGGAUGUGCUGUGGCAUUUUGGUCAGAGACAGGGAGCUCAAGAAGUAGUUGUUGCUGCGAAGCGACGACAAGUGUGGGAGAACGCGUGGUGGCGUUCGGAGCAGCAGUUCUGUCUCGACCUUCACCUUAUGUCUGUAGGUGCAGCGCAAGCUAUGCUGCAUGUCUGGCUUCUUGAUCUCAGAGCCUUGGUCUGGGAUGGCCAUGCCCUUCCUCGAGUGCUCAGCAUCUUGACGGGGUGGGGAAAACACAGCAAAGUGGCAGGUGUCAGCACUGUGAAACGAGCUGUAGAAUUAAGGUUACAAGAGAUCAAGGCUCCCUUUCAAGUUGGUCGAUACAAUGAAGGACGUCUGGUUUGUGCUGGACAUAUAGUUCGGGAAUGGCUCGGAGAUCCCAGGACUUCCAAACUACUAAUGCUUCAAGAUGCAAUCGUUAAACCGAACCUGCAGUGGAAUCGGCUUCCUGAUCUUGGAUCGUCUUUGAAAAUGCCUCAAUUGGCUGAAGUUGCGACGUAGACUCAGGAAUCGUCUGUUUUUACUUUAACUGUUUUUGAGGUAGCGUGAUUUUCAUUAUGUCUACUUCCAACGCAUUGAAGUUGAAAGUCCUUCAAUUAUCGGAGCGAGAUUGCAGCUAAUUCGUCUUCAACAUUCGACCUAGGUCCUACAAUCCAACUCCACCUUCAGAAUUUCAGAUCAUAGGCGAGGAGGCUCAAAUGAGUUAUUCGAUUGCCUUGCUCCAAAGGACCAUUCGAAAUGAUCUAGUUGGUCUCUUAUCGUAUAUCAUCAGACCGUGACUGAUGUUGGUCCUCCAGCAGGUGUUACCUGAUCCAGACCAUGCGCUGUUCGGUUAGUUUAGGUUAUUCUUGUGGCGGAGGCACUACCUCCGGAAUUGUACAAUAUCAAAAUUAUGCUCUGAAAUGAGCUGUCCUUUUAUGUAGAAUAGAUGUUAUUACUAAAUGUUCAAUGCAUUCCUAUUUCAAUCUUCAGAUGUGUCUGGAUUCGAUGUGGCAGGGCAACUCUGAGUUCAUACCACAUGAGGUGGGAAAGUGCAUAAGAGUAGACUGUGUCGCAGUUGUACAUGUAUUCAAUUGGAGACUGAUUCGAAAAUCAGGAAAUCAAUUUGGCACUAGGAGAAAGAACAGCGGGAGUUUCUGUAGGA